AUGGUAACCCAGUGGAACGUGCCCAAGCAGGAUGCCCAGGACAACAGGCAAGUGAUGGUGACCAUUCAGUGUGCUAUUGGAGAGAUUAUAGACAGCCACGUCACACCACACACAGUCAAGAUUCAUCCAAGACCUUUGCCCAACCUAGUCCCUGGCCCUAAUUUCAACGCUUCCGCACCACCAGCAUUUCAUGAAAGCGAUGUCGCAUACUUGUACUGGACCAUUUCUGUAGUUGUCUGGGCAUACCUUCGCUCUGGUUUCAUUAUGAGCCACUUCCCAUCCUCGUAUGUUUCUGAUCUUCUGGAUCCGCGCAGAGUCAUCUCCCUCACCCAUAACUAUGUCGCCCAUCAUCGUAAGCCAGAUAUUGCUGUGGUUCAUCACCACACAGCUUCGUGUGUCUUGGAGUGGCAUCAAAUUGCUAGCAUAGGUGAAGUGAAGUAUGCUUCAUCAAGCGAGCUCCGAGUCACAGCACUACGAUAUGUCAUUGACCAAAGCUGGUUUAUGAUGAUGUCUUCUUACUCCCGUUGCUUCUGUCUUGGGUUCACCCAGUGCGGUCCCCUCCUCACACUCUGUCUCACUGAUCGUGGUGGGAACUGCACGACAAAAGAUGUCAAUGCAUCCAAGGCAGAGGACAUCCCAAUUUUUAUCCAGGCAGUCGCUCAUUUCACCCUUGCUCCUGACGAUGAACUUGGGGAUGAUUGA